UCACAGAUCAGAUGAGUCCAAGUAAAGCCCUCAUGUCAAGGAUCAAGUAACUCCCGUACAAUUAUAAGAACGGCGUCCAUGGAUAUAUCUUCUCGUCGCCCCUCCUUCCCCCCCGUUCCACAGCUGGGCUAAUUUACAAUGGCGCAACCCAGUGAUAUUCCUUUGGACACAGCAUCGAUUAUCUCAACUGUGCUAGAGGGGAUACUGUAUGGAUUCUCCCUGCUCAUGUUUAUAGGAACGUUAUGGGCUCUGUUUCAACGAAACAUAAAACGUGCCGCCAACCGUAGGAUGGUCGCUGUAGCGCAUUCACUGCUCCUAUUUAGUACUGCGCACAUGAUAAUCGACAUCAUCCGGAUAGAAGAAGGUCUGGUGCAGCAGCGCUCCACGUUUCUUGGCGGCCCCAUCGCAUUUUUCUCUGAUGUCGCGCAAUGGAGUUUCGUUUACAAGAACGUACUAUACAUGCUACAGACAUUGGUCGGGGACGGUGUCGUGAUUUACCGGUGUUACGUGGUCUGGCAAUCUUGGUAUAUCAUUACCAUCCCAUGUAUACUGUGGUGCUCUGUCGCAGCCACCGGAGCAGGAUGCAUCUACUCCAUCUCACAAGCGACAGUCAAUAAAGAGGACAUUUUUGCCCCUGGUACCGGACCAUGGAUCACCUCAUUUCUCGCCGCUACUCUGUUCACGAACCUCCUGAGCACAUCCCUACUCGCCUAUCGAAUUUGGAGCAUAGGUAGGCGAGUAUCAAAUGUGGCUUUAGCGACAAGCCUUAUAUGGCCUAUUUUGCGCGUCAUUCUUGAUGCGGGCGUCCUCUACUCAUUAUCGCUCCUGGCUGCCCUCAUUUGUUUCAUCGCCAAAAACCACGGACAUUAUGUCCUAUUAGACAUGAUCAUGCCCAUCAUCUCCAUCACAUUCUACAUGGUCAUCAUCCGCAUUACCAUCACCAAAAGUUCUUCCCAAUCCAACGAAGAGCCCUCCAUCGCACUCAGCAAUUAUCUCACUCGGCGCAGCCGCGGCCGCUCCUCCUAUGUUGACCCGCAACGGUAUCCCACGAAGAGGAUGGAGGUUCACAUCACUCAACUGACCGAACAUGAAUUCGACCCUAGCAAACCACGUUCGUCCAGCGAUGACAACCCGCCAGGCAUGUCUCUUCCAAGUUCUGUAGCAAAGUUUGAUUCAGCUGCUGUCCAACAUGCGUUCCUUGAUAACUGAUUAUGAUACGGUACGAGGAUACUCAUUUUCCUUC